CGGCAUCUCAGGUCUCUCAGCAGCCAAACUGCUGACUGAGUCAGGCUUGAAUGUGGUGGUGCUGGAAGCCAAUGACAGGGUUGGUGGAAGAACUUUCACCGUGAGGAAUAAGCAAGCUAAAUAUGUGGACCUUGGAGGAGCUUAUGUGGGGCCAACACAAAAUCGUCUCCUGCGAUUAUCUAAAGAGUUAGGAAUAGAGACGUAUAAAGUGAAUGAAGUUGAGCACCUGAUCCACCAUGUCAAGGGUAAGUCUUACCCCUUUAAAGGUCCAUUCCCUCCUAUGUGGAAUCCAUUGGCCUACCUGGACUACAACAACCUAUGGAGGACCAUGGAUGAAAUGGGAAAGGAGAUUCCCAGUGAAGCCCCAUGGAAGGCUCCACAUGCAGAAGAAUGGGACAAAAUGACUAUGCAAGAUUUCAUAGAUAAAAUUUGCUGGACAAAUGCUGCCAAGAGUUUCGCAACCCUGUUUGUGAAUGUGGAUGUCACUUCUGAACCCCAUGAGGUCUCUGCCCUUUGGUUUUUGUGGUAUGUGAAGCAGUGCGGGGGGACAACAAGGAUAUUCUCAACCACCAACGGAGGACAGGAGAGGAAGUUUGUUGGGGGCUCUGGCCAGAUCAGUGAGAAAAUAAUGGAGCGCCUGGGAGGCCGGGUGAAGCUGAGGAAGCCAGUCGUCCGCAUCGACCAGUCGGGUGAAAGUGUCAUAGUGGAAACCUUAGAUCGUGAAUUAUAUGAGGGCAAAUAUGUGAUCAGUGCCAUUCCCCCAGCUCUUGGUUUGAAGAUUCAUUUCAACCCACCUUUGCCCCCAAUGAGAAACCAGCUCAUCAACCGAAUCCCCAUGGGCUCAGUCAUCAAGUGCAUUGUAUACUAUAAGGAAACUUUCUGGAGGAAGAAGGGAUAUUGUGGUACCAUGAUCAUUGAAGAUGAGGAUGCUGCAAUUGGUUUAACACUUGACGAUACUAAGCCUGAUGGCAGCUUUCCUGCCAUAAUAGGCUUCAUUCUUGCUCGGAAGUGUAGAAGACUGACAGGUCUCACAAAAGAAGAAAGGAAGACGAGGCUGUGUGAGCUCUAUGCAAAGGUUCUGGGAUCAGAGGAAGCUUUACAUCCAGUGCAUUAUGAAGAGAAGAACUGGUGUGAAGAGCAGUAUUCUGGGGGCUGCUACACAGCCUACUUCCCACCAGGCAUAAUGACUCAGUAUGGCAGGAUUAUUCGGCAGCCUGUUGGCAGGAUCUAUUUUGCUGGCACAGAGACAGCCACAGAGUGGAGCGGCUACAUGGAGGGGGCUGUACAGGCUGGAGAAAGAGCAGCCAGAGAGAUACUGUUUGCUAUGAGGAAAAUCCCAGACUCUGAAAUUUGGAAGCCAGAACCUGAAUCAAUUGAUGUUCCAGCUUUGCCCAUCACUACAACCUUCUGGGAGAGGAACUUGCCGUCUGUGCCAGGACUGCUAAAGCUGAUUGGAUUUUCCACUUUCUUCACCUCUGUGGCUCUGAUGUGUACAGCAGUAUGGCAGAUCAGGCUGUUGGACCUGAGUGUGAACAGGGAACCUUGUGCUAAUAUACAGACACAGCCUUUCAAACCUUUUUCACCCUGUCUGACAGCUCUUUGCCUCCAAGGUCCUCUUUUAGCUCCCUAAGUUGCUGCAAGAUAGCAAGAGAACAAAUUAACUUCUGCCUGCCCCAGGAAGUUGUAAAGCCGUCCAUAAAAAAAACUUUUUUACAUAUUUUUUUGUCUCCUUCCUUUCUUUCAUCUGCUUAAAUUUAUACUUUGAACACCUUGAGGUUGUCUCUUGCCUGGUAGGGCACAGUGGGCUUGAAAAUGUAGCGUUAGCAUUAAAAAAAAAACAACAAAAACCCCAACUUAACUGCCCCCCAACACUUGCUUCAUGCUGAACACAGCUUAGCUGAUUCAGAGCUUCAGUCUCUCCUAACCACCAUAUUGAAGGGAUUAGCACUUCCACUUCUGCCUGCUGUGCUGUGUUGUACUGACUGUGCACUUUUGGUAACUAAUCAAGGAUCCAAAUGAUAGAGAGAUCAAAGAGAACCAUGGAUAGGAUAGUCACAUGCAAGUGCUUCUGCCCUCCCUAGCUUGGUGCCUUUCAAACAAUGUAAAAAAAGAAAAGAAAAAAAAAGAAACAGAAAAAAGAAACAAAAAAAACCCAACCACCAAAACCUUAGGUGCCUACCUGUCAACUUGAUGGUACCUUGUUCUACGUAUUUCUGCUGUUUUACAUCUGCUCAAUACAAAACAGGAAGACACAGGUAUAACUGAGAACAGGAUUUGGUGCACAUGAAGUUUGAGAUGUCUGGAAUUUUUCUGAGCCUGUUUGCUGCACUUCUCCCUUCAACCAGUGCCGAUGUAAUUUUUUACAAAAAUCAGUAAAGCACCACGGAGGGAAGUAUAAUAAUAUAUUCAGCAACUAGUGUGAGCAGACGGUAGAGGAACUGUGUCACCAGUCUCAGGCAGACUUUUUGGGCUAGCAUCUGAUCCCGCUUGUGCAGAGUAGUACUUCCUUCUCCAAAUAGUCCUAUGGAAAUCCACUGAACUACUUAUAAAGCUGUAGUAUUUGUGAGCAGCGCAUCAGUUUCUGGCCCUUAGGUUUCAUUCUUUUUAACUUGAUGUGCCAGUUAAAAAUCUUCUUGUAGCGGCAGCUUGGAUUUUAUCACAAAUGAAUAUCCUCAUAACAGCCUUUUAAAAUGCAUAGGGGAACUUUUCAGACAUAAAGAUCUUUAAGUUGGAAGAACAGUGCAGCAGUGUACAUAUGGCCUUUCUCAUUGUAUCACAUAGAGCACUAAUUGGCUGGGACAUUUGCCUGCCAGAGAGUGCUUCUGCGUGGCUUUCUCUCUGAUUUAUUUACUAAAUGAAUUAGGAACCGAAAGCUGAAUGGGAACUGUGUAAGUUCAGAGCUUUUGCAACUCAGACGAUUCUCAGGCCAGAAAUAAACAUAGGAACCUAAAUUUGGGAGGACAUUUUUAAAGUCUUGGCCCAAUAUUUGUAAGUGCUAGACGGUGAAUACAUACUUAACAUAUAAAGAAUUGCUGCAUUUGCAGAUGAUUUCUCUGCCAAAACUGUUUGGAAUUCAAGUCCUGCUUCUGCCCUAGAAAUACUCUGCACGUCUCUAAAGAGGAGCAGAUCCAUGAGACUAAUAAGGAUAAAUUGGUUUUAUUCACAUCCAAAAUGUAUCUCUCUCUUCUUUGCUCCUGAAUCUGGCAGAGGUUUUUCCCAGUCUAACAAGAAAAUGUUGUGUGCCACAGGGGCAGAAAAUCCAAGGAAAAACAGAAGUUAGGUAUAGUUAGAACUGAACUGAAUCAUAACCAAAGCUUUUGAUGAGAUUGGUUAAUUUAAAAAAAAAAGUGUAUAUAGUUAUAAACCUUUCUUAUUCUUAGUUUCACAGUGAAACAAAAAAUGGAAAAAAGAAAACCCACAAAGCAUUUCUCGUAUUAUUCUGCCACAACUAAAAGUAGGUGCGACUUGAAAUCUCAAAUUAAAUUUGGAUCCCCUGAGAUUUCUAGCCAAAUCUGAUGGAGCUGGGAGGUCUGAAUUGCAACAUCUGUAUUAGGACUCGAAAGUCUCGGUCUUCUUCCUUCCAGCCUGCCAAAGCAUUAGGAAUGCUCUCUUUGUCUUUACAGCCGUGUCUUGCUACGAUUAUGCUGUGGAGCUUAUCACCACUAUGGGAUUAAAAAGAAGGAUUUGCUGCUGUUUUCUCGACAUCUUCCACAUAAAAGGAAUAUGUGGCACUUUGUCUAUUUGGAUGCCAGUGUGAUGAGAAAAUUGACAAGUGUAGCUAGAGAAUCAAGUUGCUUCCCCAUGGGUAGAGGGAACUGUUAGCACUGGCUUACAUUUUUAAAAUUCCUUCGUGCCAGCCCUUCAAAGAGAGGAAUGAAGUCUGGUUUAAUGGGUAACCAGUUGUGCUAUAUUCUUAAUUCAUUAACAUGUUUGAUGAGAAAUCUGCUGUCAUGAAAGUUCCAGCAGUUUACCAGCUUCAUAAAAUGUAUUAUAGGAGCAACCAUGGAAAUAAUUGUAUUUGUCUCUUAUGAACUGAUUUGUGUUAUCAUGCAUAUUUUGUAAGGCUCUUAAGAAUUUGCAAAAAAAAGAGGUUUACUUGCUUGUACACUGUUCUGAUAGCAACUGUAUAUUGCAAAGGAUGUUGGGUCAUGGCAUGAAAAUCUGUGUUAACUAAAGUACUUGAAAGGUAAUUGUAUAAACUACUUGACAAUAACAAGGACGUGAGCAAUCUGAGGCAGCCCCUUGUCUUUCCUUUAACUAGUGCGGUUUUUUUCUCAAUGCAGAUCUUGAUUCCAAAUAACAUAUCUGCUGUCAAUACAGCAAAGACAUUAAUCACAAUUAAGUAUAUGUCUGAGCAUUGUCCAUCACUGGACCCCAAGGCCCGGAGGAGAAGCUAGGGACUUCUAUUAAAAUAAUUUUCCUCUGACCUCAGUGGGACUAUUGUUUCACUGAGGUAGACUUUACAGAAGUGCAGAAAUUUUAAGGUUUGGGGGUUUUUUUGAGACAUGAAGGAAAAAUAUUUUUGAGGAAGAAGGAAUUAUAUGUCCUCCAAAAGUACUUGGAUGCAAAAGGAAGCCAGGAUUAAAUGACAACAGAUCUGCCACUGCUCUCAGGCAAGAAGCAAACCCCAAAUCGCAGAUUACAAAUGCUCACAAAUAAACCUGACCUGUGUUUAAAUGGACUGACAUUCUCUCCCCCAUCUCCAUCACCUUAAGAUCACCUUGCUCUUACAAUCUGUUCUUCAAUAGAGAUAAAAAUGAGAUGGCCAAAGCAGUCUUGCUUUCAAAGUAUCUCUACAGUCAAAUUGUUUAGGCGUUGUCAUAGACUACCGCUUAUAGCGUGUCUCCUGUGGUCAUGUACAGGUCAGUGUUCAGUGAUGCCUGCCUCUGUGUUUUGGAAAAAAGAGUGAUUUCACUUUGCAGGAAUAUAUAUGCUGUGUGUGUGAUGAAUUUGUGCCUUUUCUAACUGUAGCAUUUUCUCAAGUGCCUCUGUGGUGACUGUCUCCCUUGGUUUCCUUCUUAAGUUCCCUUUUCAAUAGGCUCUGCAGAUAUUUUUAUCUGACAGCUGUGAACUUUUUUUAACCUUAAUUAGAAUCAAUAAAUAUUGUCAUGUCACA